AUGUCCUAUACAGAACACAUCCAGACCACCUGCCAAACUGCAUCCGGCAAGUGUCCGUCAAGUGUCAACACGGCCACAUGCGCGACCCAAUGCGGAGUGGAGCCCGACAGCGCCCGGGUUGGGAUGAGUGGGUCUUCUCCGACGCUCUCCGGGCUUGUGAUUCGCCCUCCGGAUCCCACUGCCAGCAUGCCGGAAGCUGAAGCGAAAAACAUGGUGUCUCAGAGCCUCAAGGGUGCUGCUUGA